GUUGAAGCAAUAAUUGAAGCCGCCAGCCAUGCACCAAUUGUUAUCCCACGAUAUCAAAUGUUGAAUAGUGUUUGGAAGAAGGGUUAUAAGUGUCGGAGUGCGAACCUCGGCUCACGACUUGUAUUAAGGCUGAAGUAAGCUUCGGUCAACCACUUAUCAACCCCAGGGAACAACGAAAGCCAUAUUAGUGACCACCUUGGCGGCUCUAUUCCUACCCUCCAGCUCUGACACAUAUUGUUCUCCGCCUCCAGACAUUAAAAACAAUUAUUCAUAUUCUUUUUAUACCCGGGUGUUGAUCACUCCUACUCUCUCCCGCGUCCCUGCUCUACUGCCAAUUCAACAUGCCUCUAUUCCUCCCAAAUAAGACAUACACCAUACCUUCAACCGGGCACAAAUACGCCUAUAUUUACUACCCUCCCUCCAACGGCUCAAAACCGACUCUCCUCUUCCUCCACGGCUUCCCCUCAACCUCCCACGACUGGCGCUUCCAAAUCCCGCACUUCCGGUCACUGGGCUAUGGGACCUUGGCACCCGACUUACUGGGAUAUGGAGCCACGGAUAAACCGACGGAUGUGAGGUGCUACCUGGGGAGUGAAAUGUCGAAGGAGAUUAUCGCCAUCCUCGAUCACGAAGGACUUGGCCUGAAAGAUGCAAAGGGAAGUGGCGGGGUAGUAGCCAUCGCGCACGACUGGGGGACUUACGUUUUGAGUCAGCUGGCAAGUAGAUACCAAGAUCGCUUUGAGAAGUUCGUAUUUAUGAGUGUGCCGUACACCAUACCGGGGAGGCGAACGGAUAUUGAGAUGGUCAAUAAGAGGACUAAAGAGAAGUUCGGGUAUGAGAUGAUGGGGUAUUGGUUGCUUUUUUCCACACCUCGCGCUGGAAAGGUUCUUGGAGAAAAUUGGGAGAAUUUCUUUAAUGCGAUGUACCCCGCCGACCCCGCAAUCUGGAAAACCGCUUUCGCGCCUACAGACGCAAUGGAGCGCUUCAUCACAACAACUUCUCCGUUGGUAUCUUCUUCACUACUAGCGCCUUACAUCACAGAAGAGGACAAGGUCCAUCACCAUUCCGCAUUUGGGUCCGAUUACAGCGCACCGUGUACUUGGUACGUCCGAGGGAUUAGUUCUCUUGGUGUCGAAGAGGAAAAGGAUAGUAUCAAGAAUGGGAAAAUCAAAGAGAAAAUUGGGAAAGAGACUUUAAUGAUUGCCACGGUGAAUGAUCCCGUUGGUAGCCCUGAAAGGGCGCGAAUGGGCAUGCAAGCUGGUGUUGAGGGGGGCUUGGCAGGUGGAAAGCUGGCAAUUGUGGAAGUUGACAGUGGGCAUUGGGUUAUGCUUCAGCGUGCUGAGGAAACGAAUAGGAUCUUGGAGGAGUUCUUUGAGACAGGAGUGAAGGGAGUUGGUAAAAGUAGAUUCAAAGCUUCCCUCUAAAUCUCUUUCGUUUGAAGGGGCGUUGGGGCGGGCUUGAUAGGGUUGUCGCUUCUAGCCGAGCUUUUGAUGUUGCGUAUUUAGGGGGGGCUAGCUCUAGGCGCUUAGCGGAGACGCAGACCAACUAGCCCCCGGAUGACUCACAGCUAUGAUGCAGCUCAUACAAAGGCACCUGAUUUCCAACAUAAAUGCGAUGUGUAUCUAGAUUCUCCUUUCAUUCAGAUCAGUUCAAUUCAAGUUAAU